AUGGGUCGUCCUCGCUUACGAGAUCGGCCACUUUCUUUGAAUAAUGACAACACACCUUCACAAAUUCGUCGUCGUGCUGGUGGUAGAAGUGCAAUAAGCCCUUUAACUCCAGCAACUUCUGCAGUACCAUCUCCCUCAAGUUGUAUCAGUUUGAAUUCAAACGUCCCUGUAUGUACUCCUCAAAACCAAACGCGAAAUGGUGCAUAUGGCCAGUAUCAAGAUGAAAACACUCAAGGUCGUGUUCAAUCAUACUGGGAUUGUGGUGAUGCAGAUCAUGUAUGUUCGCAUUGUGAUGCAAUGGUGUGGUAUGCAGAACGAACUUUGAAACAUUUUGCACCGUCUGUUCCUAGAUUCAGCUUAUGUUGCGGUGAGGGGAAUGUCAUUUUACCUUUACUUAUGAAUCCUCCGCAGCCAUUGCUAAGUUUACUGAAUCACAAUUCUGAGCCACGGUCAUCAGUUUAUAGAGACCAUAUCAAAGUUUUUAAUUCACUUUUUUCGAUGACGUCAACCGGUGGGAGAGUAUGUUCGGAAUUAAAUGAUAGUCGUGGUCCGUAUGCCUUUCGUUUCAAUGGACACAACCAUCAUAGAAUUGGCUCUCUGAUUCCAACUCAUGAUGAUGGUCGGCCUAGAUUUGCGCAAUUAUAUAUUUAUGAUACGGCCCAUGAAAUUGAUAAUCGCUUUUAUGCUUUAAGAAACUGUGUUCCAUCAUCUUCUGAUGAAUCCAUUUUUCGUUCGUUGGUGGUUGACUUGCUGGCCAUGCUUGAUGAAAAUAAUGUAUUAGUACAAGCGUUUAGGAUGGCUAGGGAAAGGUUUGAUGAUUCGUCUAGGCAACCAGUUAGACUUCGCUUGCUUGGCACGCGAAAUACACAGGCUCGUCAAUAUAAUUUACCCACAGCUUCCGAAGUGGCUGCAUUAAUUCCAAGUGAUGGUAAUCCAACUGACUCGCGUGACAUCCUUAUUCAAGAGCGAGAUACUUAUACUACAAAACGCAUUUCGGAGCUGCACCCAAGUUACAUGUCUUUGCAAUAUCCGUUGCUCUUUCCUUAUGGAGAGGAUGGGUACCAUCCAAACAUUCCCUUAUCACGUAAUACGUCGGCAAGGAGGAAAAGCAUAUCUUUAAGGGAAUACUAUCGGUAUCGUUUACAUGUUAGGGAUACUGAAGCAAGAACGUUGCACUUAUCUGGCCGUUUGUUUCAGACGUAUGUCGUUGAUGCUUAUAGUGCUGUUCUAGAGAGUGAAUUAGAUUGGUAUAGGCGAAACCAAGCUACGAUUCGUUCAGAUCUAUAUAACGGAUUGUAUGAUCAUGUAUGUAAUGGAGAAACAACGUGUGAGUUUGUUGGACGCAGGGUUAUUCUACCAGCGUCAUUUACUGGGGGGCCAAGGUAUAUGCUACAACAAUAUCAAGAUGCAAUGGCGAUUUGCCGUUGGGCUGGGACACCAUAUCUUUUUAUUACCAUGACUUGCAACCCGAGAUGGCCUGAAGUUGACCGUCACAUUAGUGCUACCACACCUGGGCGGACAGCAUCAGAUAGACCAGACAUUCUUGCACGCGUUUUUAAAAUUCGGCUUGAUGAGCUUAUUAAAGAUUUAAGGAAAAAAAAUCAUUUUGGCAAGACGAAGGCUGUUAUUUACACAAUUGAAUUCCAAAAACGUGGACUUCCGCAUUGUCAUGCUUUGCUUUUUCUAGAACCUGUGGAUAAGAUUGGUACAACGGAAGAUAUUGAUAGAUAUAUAUCCGCUGAACUUCCUUCUGAAUUGCAAGAUCCUGCUGCUUUUGCAGUUAUUAGCAAGCAAAUGAUGCAUGGACCAUGUGGUGAACUAAAUCCAUCCAGUCCUUGUAUGCAUAAUCAGAAAUGUACGAAAGGGUAUCCAAAGAACUAUUGUGAUGAAACAUUUAUAAGAAAUGAUGGGUGGCCCUGUUAUAAAAGGCCGAACAAUUCAAGAACAGUCCGGGUUGGUAGUCAAGAUAUUAGGCUUGAUAAUCGAUAUGUGGUUCCUUAUAACCGUGACUUACUUGUCAAAUAUGGUUGCCAUAUAAAUGUGGAGUGGUGUAACCAGGGUAUGUUGGUUAAGUACUUAUUCACGUAUCUUAACAAAGGUCCAGAUCGUGCAACUGCUGUCUUGGAAGGUCCUAACAGUAGAACGUCUUUUGCAUCGUUGUUACGUAAUGAAAAUGAAAUUGAAGAAUAUAUAAAUUGUCGGUACAUUUCAGCGAUAGAAGCGUGUUGGAAGCUGUUUUCAUUUGACAUGAAUUACCGUUCAGUUGCGGUUGAAAGACUACCAUUCCAUGAAGAAGGUUGUAAUAGAGUCUAUUUCCGAGAUGAUGCUGAUGUUGCUGAUGUAGCACAACGAUCAACAUCUGCCUUUUCUAAGUUCACUGCAUGGAUGGAGGCAAAUCGGAAUCACCCAGAGGGUCGGAAUUUAACCUACGUUGAGUACCCAACUCAUUACACGUGGCAUGAAAAGGAUAGGCAAUGGAUGCCAAGGUAUGGUGGUAAUACUAUUGGUCGCAUUUAUCAUGUGAAUCCUUCUAUGGGUGAGAAGUAUUAUCUUCGUUUGUUAUUAAAUGUUGUUCGCGGUCCACGUAGCUUCAAAGAAAUUCGUACGGUUGACGGUGUCGAGUAUCCAAAUUAUAUGUUAGCUUGUAAAGCACUAAGUUUGCUUGGAGACGAUGUUGAAUGGGUUGAGGCUAUACGUGAAGCCUACCAGUGGAAGUUAGGGAAUCAAUUGCGUGAGUUGUUUGUGACGAUUCUUUUAUUCUGCAUAGUUAGUGAUCAGUCGAAGUUAUUUUAUGACUGUCUUGAAUACUUAUCCGAAGAUGUUGCUUUCAAACAGAGAGCACUUCUAGGUAACCAACUUGUGGUGUUCACGGAUGAGGAGAUACUUAACUAUACGUUGGUUGAGAUAAAUUCGAUUUUAAACAAUCACAACAAAUCAUUGGCCGACUUUCCAACUCUACCUCAGCUUGAUCCUCAUUUAACGGAUGAUGGUUCCAAUGGGUUGAUUAUUGCUGAAAAAACAUAUAAUGUGCAAGAAGAAGUUGUGAAAUUCAAUGACCUACAUAGCGGGUUAAAUGCUAUUCAAAGCGGAGGGACAGGUAAAACGUACUUGUGGAGAACACUUAUUGCUUGCCUUCGUUCACGUAGGAAAAUUGUAUUAUCCGUUGCAUCGUCCGGAAUUGCAUCUAUGUUGUUACCUGGGGGUCGUACCGCACAUUCACGGUUUCGCAUUCCUAUAGAUAUUGAAAAUGAUUCAUGUUGUUCGAUCGACUACGGCAGCAACCUUGCUCAGUUAAUCAAUGCUGCUGAUCUAAUAAUUUGGGACGAAGCACCUUUACAACACAGGUAUGCAUUUGAGGCUGUUGACCGAACCUUUAGAGAUGUUUGUCGUGAUAACAUGGUUGACGCUCGGCAUCGAGUAUUUGGGGGAAAAGUUGUGGUUCUUGGAGGUGAUUUUCGUCAAAUUUUACCGGUUGUUCCGCAUGCCCCACGUAGUCAGAUUGUCGCGUCUGUUGUUAACAAGUCAGACACAAUAUGGAAUGCAUGUAAGGUAUUUCAUUUGACGACUAAUAUGCGCUUACACAAUCCAAAUAUCAGUGGAGAUUCGCUUGAAAAAAUGAAAAGGUUCAGCAAUUGGAUCUUGGCCAUGGGGGCCGGUCGCUUGCCUACAAUUUCAUUGGUGGGGGAAGAUGAACCUACGUGGAUCAAAAUGCCUAAUGAUCUUUUAAUCCCGGUUUCUGAAAAUCCGAUUGGUGCAGUGGUUUCCAAUACCUUUCCUGAUAUUUUAGAGAGAGUCAAUGACAUUCACUAUUUAAAAGAACGCUGCAUUUUGUGCCCAACGAAUGAUGAGGUCGAUAAGAUCAACCUUCACGUCCUUGAAAAAAUGCCAGGUGAACUUCAAGAAUUGUUAAGUGCUGAUGAAAUAUGUCAAAGCACAAACAACUAUGACGAGAUGUGUGUUUUGUAUCCACCUGAGUUUCUUAACACGUUGAAUUUUUCUGGGAUUUCAAACCAUAGGUUACAGUUAAAGAUCGGUGCACCGGUUAUUUUGAUGCGCAACUUAAAUUUGCAAAAGGGCUUGUGUAAUGGUACACGGUUGGUGGUUACACAAAUUAGUCGGCGUGUUAUUGAGGCAGUAAUUAUUACCGGUACACAUGUUGGCGAAAAGGCAUUUAUUGGUAGGAUCGAUAUGACUCCAACGAAUACAUGUUGGCCUUUUUCUUUUAAAAGAAGGCAGUUUCCAAUAAAGGGUUUUACAAUUCAUGCAAGGAUACCUGCUAAUUUGAUUUACAUUUUCAAGAACCGUUUGGAAGAGGGCUAUGUUUUUGGUGCACUACGCGCAUGGGGUCCUGUUAACACUGAAUCUUCAAACGUUCAGUCAUGUAAUCGGGAGAUUCGUCACAUAGUUUUAUCUGAUGAGCGUGGCAACAAACUUAAUGUUACGUUAUGGGGCAAAGCUGCUCUCAAGUUUACUGACGAGGCUAUCCGCAGUUAUGGAAAUAAUAAAAUUUUGGUUAUUUUGACCGGUUGCAAGGUCCGAAUGUUCGACGGGGGUCCGUGUUUAGUGUCAAUGGUUGCCACUGAACUUUAUCUCAAUCUGGAUUUCCCUAUUGUCAUUGAGGCCUUCAAAAACAUUGUAGUGCCGCCUGUUAUAUUCACAUUGGAUGAUCAAAGCAACGAGGACAUGUCUGUUGUUAGUGUAUUUGACAUCUAUAAUUAUAUUAAAGAUGGUCUUGCUAAGGGAAAAAUGUACAAUGUUGAGGGCACAAUAAUUGGUGUUGAUUUAGAGGAGGAUUGGAAGUACGUUCGGUGUACCAUAUGUCGUAAGAAGACGACUUUUUCAGAUGCACGCUACCUUUGUUUGAAAUGCAAUAGAUAUGUCGUCAAUCCCCGUCAUUCGUAUAAACUGGCUGUUCAAUUAUGGAACCAAGAAAAAGAGAUUACAUGUGUUCUCUUUGACGAUGCUGCAAAUCUUCUUCUCGGACUUACGGCUGAACAAUUGAUUAUAAAGACCUUAUCAGAGGGUGCUAAUGAUCCGUAUUGGAUAUAUGAAUUUCUGAUGGACGCUUUAUGUGCUCGGCAUGUGAUUUUUAGGAUAAGAGUUGAUGAUUACAAUUUGGCACCUACUUACAGUCCACGCUUCACCGUAUCAAAAUACUUGGGUGAUGAUAUUAAUAAUCUUGCUACCACUUUACUUCCUUCAACAUGUCCUUCUGCUGAAGUUCUCCAUGACGAAGCUAGCGAGUUUUUAUGUCGGAUCAAUGAUGAUGAAUGGGACAUGAUACACGAGUCAUUAUGGGGACCACGUAUUUUGCCGACAGAAUCUAAAACGCGAUUGUAG